AUGUCCAGACAACACAGCUACUCAUUCUCGAGUGCGACGGCCUCUAGGCAGACCACCGGCCACGGCACCAGCAGUGCCUUCAGCAGCUCAGCAAACCCAGAUGAAGACUGGACCAAGAUCUCCGACUUGGCGGAGCGGAGGAGGAUCCAGAACCGAAUUGCCCAACGCAACUACCGCAAGAAGCUAAAGAGACGUCUCGAAGACCUCGAGAGACGCGCCGGAUCCUCCUCGGCCUCGCCGCCGCAGAUCCACGCCGAGCUCCAACAGCAGCCGCAGCAGCAGCAGCAGCAGCAUCGUGUGGGCAAGGCUGGCCAGCAGCAGUACAAGACAAGCCCCGAGAUCCUGCAACCCCAGCCGUCUCCCAGGUUCUCCCAGUGCCAGUUCACGCCACCGAUGGAAGACAACCUGAUGUUCUCGCACGGCUUCGAGCGCGAGGGAUCCGGGACCCCACCUCUCUUCGCAUACCACUCGUACCCAGCUCCCGAGGAGCUCGUGUACGCACCAUACCCUCUUCCAUCGCAGCCAUCAUACCGCCCCGUCUCGUCUUCCGAGUACGCGGACUACCUCGCCCCGGUCCCCGUCACGCUGCCGCCCAUGAUGCACUUCCACGAAGCCAUCAUGAAGCGCGAGGACGACACCAUGAACCCCUUCAACAUGAGUUAUCAGGCUCUGCCUGGAGCCAUCAGCCAUUUCAGCGGCCAGCAAGAAUUUGAAGAUUCGUCAAACCCUCUCACUCCUCCUCUCUCGAGUUCAUACGAGCACUCGACAACCUGUUCCGAGUCUGGCUAUCAGUACCCAUCCACACCCCUCUCGAUGCCCCCCUCUCCCCGAAUGCUAUCCCAGUUGUUAUAA